AUGCAGCGCCCAAGUGAGCAGCAGCAGCAGCUGCUGCAGCUGCAGCAGGAGCUGCAACAACAGGAGGAGCAGCAGCAGCAGGAACUCUACGCCGGCGAGCCCCAAGAAAGUGGCCCGCAGCAGCGGGAAGAGGAGGGGAAGCAGCAAGAGCAGCAGCAGGAACAGCAGCAGCCCGAGCAGCAGCAGCAGGAACAGCAGCAGCCCGAGCAGCAGCAGCAGGAGCAGCAGGGAGAGCAGCAAGCAGGCGCCUGCGACGGCAGCCAGCAGCACAAAGGGGGCCUCAGCAGCGACGAUGGGGGCCUCUUGAUGCUGCAGCAGCAGCUGCAGCAGCAGCUGCAGCUGCAGCAGCAGCAGCAGCAGGAACCAGCGCUGAAGCAGGAAAACCCCGCACUCUCCCAGGACGGGCCGGCUCAGGAGCGGCUGCAGCAGCUGCAGCAGCUGCAGCAGCACCAGCUGCAGCAGCUGCAGCAGCACCAGCUGCAGCACCACAACCUCCAGCAGCAGCACCACCUGCAGAGGCACCACUUGCAGCAGCAGCAGAUGAAGCAGCAGCAGCAAGACGCGUAUGAGUCCAGCAGCAGCCCAAGAGCUCCUGGCGAUGACUUUGCAGAGUUCUCCAAAGGAGAGAGGGAUGUGUUUGCUGUUUCAGGAGAAGGAGCAGAGCAGCAGCUGCAGGCUGAGCCGCAGCAGCUCGUGCUGCAGCAUCUGCAGCACCUGCAGCAGCUGCAGCAGCUGCAGCAGAUGGCGUCAGAUGUGCUGUGGACCAACGACAACAGGCAGCAGCAAACGCUGUCUUCUUUGGGGCCCGAUUACGUUCUGAAGCUGCUGCUUCUUCAGCAGCAGCUGCAGCAGCAGCAGCAGGUACAGCAGCUGCAUGGGCAGCAGCAGCAGCAGCAGCAGCAGCAGCAGCAGUUUGCCAUGCCGCAAACCCCGCAGGGCCAGGGCGUAGACGUUUCCAAUGGCCUGUCGAGUUGCGGCAGCGGGAUGGACCCAGCAGCAGCAGCAGCAGCCUCUGUUGCAGCCUUCAGCGACGGCGACAUGCAGCAGCAGCAGCAGCAGCAGCAGCAGCAGCAAACAGAAGGUGCUGCAGGGGCCCCCCUCGGCGCCUCCCCCCUGUGGGGCCCCCCAAACCCUCAUAAGAGGCUGCGGCGGGGCAAAAGGGGGGGCAGAAAUAAACAAAAGAGAAAAGAAAGAGGAGCAGCAGCAGCAGCAGCUGCUGCUGCUGCUGCUGCGCCUUUUGACUGCGCGCAGGAGGCCUCGGGGGGCAUUGACCUGCAGCAGCUGGCUGCUGCUCGCCCCGAACUCCUGCUGCUCGCCACGCGGCUGCUGCAGCUGCAGAAGCAGCAGCAGCAGCAGCAGCAGCAGCAACAGCAAUUCAGAGAAAUGCUGCGUCUGCAGCAGUCAAGGGAUUUCAUGAGGGCGCAGCAGCAGCGCCAACAACAGCAGCGGCAGCUGCAGCAGCAGCAGCAGCAGCAGCUGCUGAUGCAACGGGACAGCUACCAGCGUGCUGGAUACACCACUGGCUCAGUGGGCCCUCGACAGCAGCAGAUGCAGCAGCAAUUGCUUGAACAGCAGCUGCAGCAGUUGCUGCAGCAGCAAGUGCUGCUGCAACAGCAGCGCGGGCUCAGUUGCCAGGACGUGGUUCUCAGGCAGCUGCAGCAGCAGCAGCAGCAGCAGCCGCAGCAGCAGCCGCAGCAGCAGCCGCAGCCGCAGUACGUUCUGCAGCAGCAGCAGCAGGACCAGCAGAUCUACAUGAGAGACGGCAGACCUGGUCGCCUGCAGCCUCAGCAGCAGCAGCUGCAGCAGCAGCUGCAGCAGCAGCAGCUGCAGCAGCCGCAACUGCAGCAGCAGCAGCAGCAGCAAGAGGCACAUUCUAAUGUGUACUCAGAUGAUCGGUAUCUCUCGGGUGUACGCGACCCCGUAGCCGUUAACAGAGGCGGAGCGGGGGCGCUUUGGGGCCGGCAGCUGCAGCAGCUGCAGCAGCAGCAGCAGCAGCAGCAGCAGCAGCAGCAGCAGCAGCAGCAGCCGCAGCAGCAGCCCCUUAGACUCAACAUGAACAACAGCACCAGUGGUCGUGUGUUCGUAGUUUCUGCACAACGGCCCGAGAUAGCAUCAAGCCAGCAGCAGCAGCAGCAGCAGCAGCAGCAUGAGCAGCAGCAAGAGCAGCAGCAAGCAGCUGGCUUAGGGCCUGUGGGGCCCCAUGCAGUUCCAUCAGGCCUGGAUGUGUUGCCUGCUGCGGCUGCAGCUGCUGCACCGUUCUCAGCAGCAGCAGCAGCAGCAGCAGCAGAUAAGGACCUCACUGAUUUGGCACAGUGUUUCUCCGAGUGCACCAUCAGUCCCUGUGAGGGGCUCUUUGCUGCUGCUGCUGCUGCCGCUGCUGCUGCUGCUCCGACGUUCCUGAAGGGAGCAGCAGCAGCAGCAGGGCGGGUGCGGCCGGCGGGGUACUGGAGCAGCGCAGCAGCAGCAGCAGCAGCAGCAGGUCCCGUGGGCAGCGGCUUCGACACCGCAGCCUGCAGCACCAACAGCAGCAGCAACCACAGGAGAAGCAGCAGCCGCAGCAUCAGCAGCAUAACGAACAACAAGCAUGCAGGCGGCUACAGUUUGCUGCCAGAGCCUUUAGAGGAGAACAAGCUGCUGCUCUGA